CGGCGGCUGCGGUUUGAAUUCCAGCGGCGCCGCCAGAGUCCGAACAAGAGCUGGGGUGGAGGGGGCGGGGCCCUGGGGAGCCAGGCGGGUCGCGAUCGCGCGGGGAAACCAUUGGCGGCGCCGCCGGACACCAACGCUACCAUCUCCUCUGUGUCCGUGAUGGACUCGGUGUUGGAAGAGGACAUCACCCUCCCCGGGACGCUCAGCGGCUGCAGUGGCCUCGUUCCCAAUCGACCAAAGGACCUGGAUGGCGUCAGCCCCACUGCUGGCUUGGGAAAUGGUGUGCUCCCCAACGUGUCAGAAGAAACGGUGUCUCCCAGCAGAGCACGGAACAUGAAGGACUUUGAAAAUCAAAUCACUGAACUGAAGAAAGAAAACUUUAACCUAAAGCUCCGCAUCUAUUUCCUGGAGGAAAGGAUGCAACAGGAACUUGACGGCCCCACCGAACACGUCUACAAAACUAACAUCGAGCUCAAGGUGGAAGUGGAGAGUCUGAAGCGGGAGCUCCAGGAGAGAGAGCAGCUGCUCAUCAAAGCCUCCAAAGCAGUUGAGAGCCUGGCUGAAGGGGGCGGCUCUGAAAUUCAGCGGGUGAAGAAGGAUGCUCAGAAGAAGGUGCAGCAGGUUGAAGAGCUCCUAACCAAAAGAAUACUCCUUUUAGAAGAGGAUGUGAGAGCCGCCCAAGCAGAACUGGAAAAGGCCUUUGCUGGGACAGAAACGGAGAAGACGCUUCGGCUGAGCUUGGAAAACAAGCUUGCAGAGAUGAAGAAGGUGCACGAGGGGGACCUGGAGAUGGCUCUGGUCCUGGAAGAGAAAGACAGACUGAUUGAGGAGUUGAAGCUGUCUUUGAAGAGCAAAGAAGCUUUAAUUCAGUGCCUUAAAGAGGAGAAAUCUCAGAUGGCAUCUCCUGAUGAAAACGUGUCAUCUGGAGAGCCCCGAGGACUCUCUGCCGCUCUGAGGGGAGACGGGGAGAGAGAGGCUGAGGCUGCACGAAUGGAGCGCCAGAAGGAGAGAAACCGCUUUGAGGAGAGGAUCCAGGCACUUCAGGAGGACCUGAGAGAGAAGGAAAGAGAAAUUGCUACAGAAAAGAAAAACAGUUUAAAGAGGGAUAAAGCCAUUCAGGGCCUAACCAUGGCAUUAAAGUCAAAGGAAAAAGAGAUUGAAGAACUUAACUCUGAAAUCAAAGAGCUCAGUGCUGCCGCUGCUAAAGCCAGAGAGGCCCCCCAGAAAGCACAGACCCAGAAGGUCCAGGGGUCUGAAGAUUAUGAGGCUGCUCUGUUAGAAAAGGCGGCCCUUUUGGCCGAGCUGCACUCAGAAAACCUCACCAAGAGUACAGAGAACCACAGACUGCGUAGGAACAUGAAGAAGGUCACCCAGGAGCUGAGCGACCUGCAGCGGGAGAGGGAGAGACUGGAGAAGGACCUGGACGCAGCCCACCGUGAGCGGAGCAAGGGAGACCGCGCCGUCCACGACCUUAGAAAUGAAGUUGAGAAAUUACGCAACGAAGUGAAUGAAAGAGAGAAAGCAGUAGAGAAUCGUUACAAGAGUCUUUUGAGUGAAAGUAAUAAAAAAUUGCACAGUCAAGAGCAAGUGAUCAGAAGUCUGACAGAGAGUGCUCAUCAGAAGGACUUGUUGCUUCAGAAAUUCACUGAAAAAGGCUUGGAAGUAAUACCUCAGAACCACUACUUAACGACGGUGGAGGAUCUUGAGCUGGGGAGUGAAGACCUCAUCACCGAGAAGUGCCCCCCUCAGUCACCAGGCAGCGAAACCAUCUUCUCUGAGGAAAAGCAACAAUUAGGCUAUGAAGAGCUGAUUCAGGUCUUGAAGAAAGAGCGAGACAUCUAUACACAUCUGGUAAAAUCUCUGCAGGACUCAGACAGUGUCAACAGCCUGCAGGCUGAGUUGAACAACAUCUUGGUCCUGCGGAAGCGGCUGCAGCGGGACGUGCUGGCCUGUCGGCAUCUGCGCAAGGCCCUGGAGGAGCAGCUCAGCGACAUCCGGCGGCGGGAAGAAGAACCGUUUUCAUUUUAUAGCGAUCAAACAUCAUAUCUGAGUAUUUGCCUUGAAGAGCACAACCGGUUUCAAGUGGAACAUUUUUCUCAAGAAGAACUUAAGAAGAAGGUCGGCGAGCUUAUCCAGCUGGUGAAGGAGCUGCAUGCGGACAACCAGCACCUGAAGAAAACCAUUUUUGAUCUCUCCUGCGCGGGCUUCCCGAGAGAUGGCAGGUCUGAGUCAGUAGGUCAAACGGAGCUUCUGGCUAGCAAGGAAGACGAGGACUCAAGCAGACUCGGAGAGGAUGGUGAGGAUCAUUUCCUGAGUGACCAGCAUCCGGAGCAGAGUAACAAGAUUACGGAGGACUAUUCCCGAGGGGGCUGCAAAAAUGGAUAUUUAAGACACCCAGAUUCCAAUAUUUUGGACUACGACGGAGCCCCCAAAUCUGGCUGCCCCGGAGACCAGAGCCUAGAAGGCGAGCUCGUGAGCCUGCUCGGCCCGCUCUUCAGCGAGAAGGCCACGUGGUUGCUGGAAUCCAGAAACAGGCCAGACCUUCUGAAAGAGCUCCGUGAUCUGCUUCUGGAACAGCUGUGCUUGAUAGAGCAGGAAGCUUCUGGAGAAUAUCUUGUUGGUAAAACGGAGAAGACACUGAAGCAGAUGGCCCUUCAGCUCGGAGGAGAACUUGGACAUUUUAUCCAUGCCAACUCGUCUUCCCAGCCACACGAGGCACUGAAGUGGCCGCUGGGAGCCCAGCUAGCAAAGGUGGACGCGGAGGCCAAGGUGGAGCAGAAGGACGCUUCUGUGCAGACCGCGGCCACGGAGGGCGACACCCUCAGAUUCAGACAUGAGGGCCAGAGGGAGGCUUGGGAGGAGAAACCCUCAGACGCCGUGUGCAGCGCGAAGCAUCAGCCCGAGAAUUUGUGCAGGAAGCCGGAGCGACAGGCCACUGCCCUUUCCUUCCCCUGGGGGACCGAAAAAAAUGCUAAGAAGUCGCGCCUGCCCAUCCUGAUAAAACCAUCCCAGUCGCUAGGAAGUGUGUGCCGGCUCCCCGCCUCCCAGGGGGUGGUGGCCCAGCUGCAGGGCCAGAUCCUGGAGCUGCAGGGGGAGCUGAAGGAGUCCAAAAUUCGCAAUAAGCAACUUCACCAAAAGUUAAUUCUGGCUGAAGCAAUGAUGGAGGGGAGGCCAGCGCCAGACGAAGAGCCCCUGAAAGCCCAGCCCCUCGUGGGAGCAGCCUACCAGGACGGCCCCAGGGAGCAGGAAGGAAUCGAAGCCACACCCUGUGUCUGGAGAGACCAGGAAAAGGACAGCGAUCAGCACGCCAGCUGCGACACAGACUCCGAAAUUUACCAGCCUGAUGACCUCGCCAUCUUACCAAUGUGCGAAGAGAAUCUUUCUGAGGAUUUUCCAGGCCCCACGUCAGUAGCUACACGCUUGAGUUCUAAGAGUCAGUUUUCCACUAACGUCAGUGUGAUUGGGACCGAUCCCUUGGAGAACAUGGAUGCCUCAAAUGAUAAAGAAAACUUAAGACGGAAGAUCUGUGACUUGGAAACUGAGCUUGAGGGCUACCGGAAUUUCAUAUUGCAGCUUCAAAAGCACUCCCAGUUCAGCGAGGCUGUUAUCACAGUUUUGUGUGGGACAGAAGGGGCCCAGGAUGGCUUGAACAAGGACAGGGGUACCAGUGACGAAGAAGAAAGGACCUUUUCAAGUUUGCACCAAGUACGCUAUGUGAAACACAUGAAAAUCCUCCAUCCGCUGGCCCCAGAGGUGAUGGACUGCAAGACGCUGGAGAGUCUCAGACAGCGGCUAGUGGACCAGGAGUGUGAGCUGCAGAGGGAGCAGAAUCUGAACAUGGAACUCUUCAGUGAAAUCCAUAACCUGCAGAAUAAGUUCAGAGAUCUCUCACCCUCAAGAUACGAUUCAUUACUUCAGGCCCAGGCCAGGGAACUCUCCCUUCAGCGACAGCAGAUUAAGGACAGCCACGGUAUCUGUGUUGUUUACCGUCAACACAUGAACACCAUGAUUCGGGCGUUCGCGGAGCUGCUGCAGGCCAGCGACGUGGAUCACUGCGUGGCCGAGGGUUUCCAGGAGCAGCUGAAUCAGUGUGCUGAGCUGCUCGAGCAAUUGGAGAAGCUGUUUCUCAAGGGAAAAUCAGUUGAAGCGGAAAUGAACACGCAGAAGGAACUGAGAGAGAGGAUUGAGGAAGACAGCUUAAGCUACCAGCACAUUCUCCCCGAGUCUCCUGCGCCCUCAGCCACUCGUGCGCCGUCCGACUGUGACAUGUCUGAGAAGUCCUCCUUCUCGCGAGACCAGAAGCAAGACGGUGAGACCGAGAAGAUGUCGGGCCUGGCGAACAACUUUUCUCAAGACUUACUAAUGGAACACAUACAAGAAAUUCGAAGUUUGAGAAAACGUUUAGAAGAAUCUAUUAAAACAAAUGAGAAACUCCGGAGACAGCUGGAACGACAGGAGUCUGAACAAGGUUCUUCAAACAUUUUCGUUUAUGGUUCCGAGCUGCAUAAUUCUCUGACGUCAGAAAUUCGUUUCCUGAGGAAGCAGAACCAGGCCCUCAACACAAUGCUCGCUAAAGGAUCCAGAGAUAAACAGAAGGAGAAUGAGAAACUGCGCGAAGCCCUCUCCAGGAAGACGGCGGACCUGGAGCACCUUCAGCAUGAGUUUGCCUGCCUGAGGGCCGAGAACCAGAGGCUGCAGAGGGAGGUGGAUGAGAAGGAGAGCCAGAGCCAGCAGCCGCUCCAGGAGGUCUGCCACGGCCGCAGCCAGCUGAGCAGGGUGCAGGAGGAGGUGAAGCUGAGGCAGAAGCUGCUCUCCCACAACGACAAGCUGCUGCAGUCCCUGCAGGUGGAGCUGAAGGUGUACGAGAAGCUGGACGAGGAGCACCGGAGCCCGCGAGGUACAGAGGCGUCGGGGGAAGGCUGGAGGGGGCAGGACCCUCGCGGUGACCUGCAUGGCCUCCUAACAGAGAUCCAGGCUCUGCGGGCACCGCCGGAAAGGAGCACCGAGCCCAGCAGUGCGCGGCAGAGCGGGCUGCGGGAGCGGCUGGCCACGGGCGGGGAGGAGGCCCCGCAGGCAGCUCUCGCUUCGGCGCUUCAGACCCUGUCCGUCCCCGAGCAGCCCCUGCAGCGGGACAAGCCUGAUGGUGACAGGUGUCCCAUGGCGCUUGAUAAUUCGCAUGACCUGUUUGAUUCCACCCCGGCACUGCCACCAAGAUCAGCUUCAGAGACUCCCCCGCUCUCUGGAAAUGAUAUGGACACCCUCUCCUGCGUCAGUGCCAGCUCGACCACCAGCACCUCGAGUGUGUCCCGCCUGGUCCCUGGCCACUGCCUGUGGGCCAGCAAGAGUGGCUGCCACAUCCUGGGUCUGAUCGAGGACUACGAUGCCCUAUGCAGGCAGAUCAGCCAGGGCCAGAAGCUCCUUGCAGAGAUGGACAUUCAGAUCCAAGAGGCUCCCAGCCCCACAAGUCAAGAGCUGGGAGCAGAGGGUCCACACUCGGCGCCCCUGAGCAGCUUUGUCACCGGUGUGAGCGCAGCCAGGCUGACCUUGGACGAGGCCGCGAGGCUGCUGACGCUUCUCUGGAGGGUGUCACUCCCCACUGAUGGCCAGUGCACGCCUCACUGUCAACAGGCUGGAGAAAUGAAAGCAGAGAUCACCAAACUACACAAAAAAUUAUUUGAACAAGAAAAGAAGUUGCAAAACACCAUGAAGCUUUUGCAGCUGAGCAAGAACCAGGAAAAAGUCAUCUUUGAUCAAUUGGUUGUAACGCACAAGAUCCUGCGGAAAGCCCGAGGAAACCUGGAGCUCAGGCCCGGGGGUGCCCAUCCUGGAACGGCCAGUCCCAGCAGACCGGGCUCCUGAGUAGAACUGUCCGCCAAUAAAGCUCGUGGUUCCCCACCCA